AUAUAUGUUUAGCUACUCUUCACCAAAUUUGCCAGAAACUCUCCAUAAUUCACAUUUUUUAUUACUCACUUUAACAGCUCCACCUUCAAAUUUGAACCCUGAAUACUUUAGCUAAUUGAUGAAUUAGUAUAUAUUAAAUGUUUGAUUAUGAAAGGUAUGGGCCUGUCCUCUAAGUAAAAAUUUUGAAUCGAUCAUUAAUGGAAUGUAGAGUAUUGGUAGAAAUGGCUAAUCCAGAAGCAGCAAAAAAUGCAAAAAAAGCUUUAGAUCAACUUUCAUCAAACUUUAUAAAAUGCUCCUACUACCUAGAUGAUAAACUACAUGGUUCAUUUACGAUAGGAUCCUAUGAGACUAUUGAAGAUACUACAUCAAGCACCUUCAAAAACAGACAUUCCACUUCAUUGAAUGAAAGUAAUUAUAAAGUAAUAUAGAUUGUAGUAAUAAAUGAUGCAGAUUCUAAACCAUAAAGCGCAACUGUACUGCCAGUAAGCUAAAAUCUUAUUCCUUCUUCAAAAAACAUUUAAUCAACUAAAACAGUUUGUUUAAAUGGCAUUUAAGGUAAAGACUUAGAUGCUCUUAAAAUUUACAAUAUCUUUAGCAAUUUCGGUAACAUAGAUAAAAUUAUUUUAAUCAAGUAAAUUGUUUUUCUUAACCAUAGUCUCAAAAAUUUUGCUUUAGUCAAAUAUUUGAAAGAAGAUUAGGCUUAUUUCGUAUAUUAAAAUUGCCAAAAUAUACAGUUUUUCGAAAGCAAUUUAUAAAUCACAUUCGCAGCAGAUGAUUCUAUUGAUAAGUUAGUGGGAUUAGACACUCUUUAUAGAGAAUAAGAUUAUUAUAUAGGUUCUGAAGAUACUGAUAGGUAAUUACUAUUUACAUUUAGAUUUAAUGCAAAUAACAAAAUGAUUUUAUUACCACCAAGUUAAGUUCUUCAUAUCUCAAAUCUUAAGAAGGUUUCCUCUAAUGCAGAAACUAUGUGGGAUAUCUUCUCUGAAUAUGGUGUUGUUGAAGUAUAUUGUUAUUUCAUAUUUUAUCUAGGCUGUCAAAGUUUUAAAUUCUUAAUUUAAAUUCAUGUGCUUAGUUAAAAUGGAAAGUUUGAAAUUAGCUUUAGAAGUUAUGGCUUUAAUGCAUAAUGAAGAAGUUGAUGGUAGGAACAUAUAAAUCUCAUUUACAAAAGCAAAAAUAUGA